AUGACAACCCUUGAACAGGAUGUGUCCCAGAACCCAGGCUGUAGCGUCAUGACCUUCUGCCCAACCAUGGAAGAAUUCUCCGACUUCUGCAAAUACAUUGCCUACAUGGAGUCCCAAGGUGCACACCGAGCUGGGGUGGCCAAGGUCAUCCCGCCCAAGGACUGGAAGUGCAGGCAGUCCUGUGAGGAUGUCAUGGACAUGUCGAUUCCCGCUCCUCUGCAGCAAGUGGUCUCCGGGAAGGCAGGUGUGUUCACCCAAUACCACAAGAAGAAGAAAGCCAUGACAGUGGGGAAGUAUCGUGAGCUGGCCGAGAGCAAACAAUACCAGACCCCACCACACCUGGACUUUGAAGAUUUGGAGAGAAAAUACUGGAAGAAUCGCCUGUUUGGAUCACCAAUUUAUGGUGCUGACGUCAGCGGCUCGCUGUUUGAUGAGAACACUCAACAUUGGAACGUGGGCCAUCUUGGAAGCCUUUUGGAUGUGCUGAAGCAGGACCGCCGCAUAGUGAUUGAGGGCGUCAACACUCCUUACCUGUACUUUGGUAUGUGGAAGACCUCCUUCGCGUGGCACACGGAGGACAUGGACCUGUACAGUAUCAACUACCUGCACUUUGGGCAGCCCAAGACCUGGUAUGCUGUACCCCCUGAGCAUGGCAGGCGCCUGGAGCUCCUAGCCAAGGAACUCUUCCCAGGCAGCUCCCAGGGCUGCCAGGCCUUCCUGAGGCACAAGGUGGCGCUCAUCUCACCCACUGUGCUCAAGGAGAAUGGCAUCCCCUUUGGUCGAAUCACCCAGGAGGCUGGGGAGUUCAUGGUCACCUUUCCCUAUGGCUACCACGCGGGCUUCAACCAUGGCUUCAACUGCGCAGAGGCCAUCAAUUUCGCCACGCCGAGGUGGAUUGACUAUGGCAAGGUGGCGUCUCAGUGCAGCUGUGGGGAGGCCAGGGUGAGCUUCUCCAUGGAUGCCUUUGAGGGCCUCCUGCAGCCUGAGAGAUAUGAGAUGUGGAAACAGCAAGGGAAUCAAAGAGCUAUGGACUCCCCGGCGCUCACCUCAAGCCCCAGGCAGGAUCUGACCCUCCGGAUCGAUCAGCUGAAACCCGAUUCGAAGCUGAAUGGUUCCCAUUCAGGACCUCUCAGGAUCCGGGUGAGGAGAGGCCAGAAAAGCUGUCCAUACACAAAAGCGCAUCCAGAAUCCUCAUGCGUUCCCACAGGCAAGCUUUUGGCUCCUCGAUCAGCUCCCCAAGGGACAACGUGCUCCAAGGCGGCUUCUGGAGCCUCUUUGAUCCCUGUCAUCUCUACUGAUGUUCUAGCUGUGAACCACUCACAGGCCUGUAGGGUCUUGGACAUUAGCCUCAAAGUCUCCCUGCCGCUUCAAUACUUGAACUAA